AAAUUAUCUGGAAGGAGUUGUUUAUCGAAAAUCUGUAAUUUAUUAUAUAAAUAUGCAACCAAUAUAAUAAUUUUGAUUAUUAAUAUUUGAAUCUUAUAAAUGUCCCUUAAGAAGUAAACCUGAGUUUUGUUGGUGCAUCUUUUCCCCAGGAACACAUAAUGAAGUUUCUAACGACUCUACUUAUACCCUUUUUACACUUAACAUAUGUAUUUGGAGCUCCAUCAUCGACAGAAAGUUGGGUAGCCACAUCCACCAAGUCUCCAUCUACAAAUAAUUUUAUUGGAAGAGAUGAAUGCCAGAAUGCUCCGGAUGUGCCAAAAAUUUAUUCCAUGAAAGUUAACAGCAAUGUGACCAAUCGUUUUGCCACAACUCGCAUCGUGAGUAAGGUAAAAAAUUGCGAUGUUAAGCCUCAUGAAGCCACAUUUUCCGUGGUUCUACCAGAUACAGCCUAUAUUAAUGGUUUCAUUAUGGAAAUAGACGGCAAAAAGUAUGAAGCUUAUAUAAAGGAAAAAGAAGAGGCUAAAAAAGUAUACGAUCAGGCUGUUUCCAGAGGACUUGCAGCAGGCCAUGUAGCCAUCAAUGCAAGGGAUUCCAACAAAUUUACGGUUUCUAUCAAUAUAAUGCCAGAAAGUAAAGCAAUAUUUUAUUUGACAUAUGAAGAGUUAUUAUCAAGACAGAAAGGGUUGUAUGAUAUUGUGAUCAACUUGCGUCCAGGACAACCAGUGGAUGAAAUGGAAGCCCAGGUGAACAUAAAUGAAACUAGGCCAUUAACUACAGUUAUAACUCCUUCUUUAAGAUCUGGUAACGAGUUAACCAAAAACAACGAAAUAGUUGAACCAAAAGCGGAAAUUAAAUACAUAGGAAAGAAUUCAGCAAAAGUUAUAUUCAAGCCUGAUAUAAUACAGCAAAAGGAAUUUGCGAAAGAAUUGGGAACAGAAGAAGAAAAUGGGUUCGUAGGACAAUUUGUUGUUCAGUAUGAUGUUGAGAGAGAUGCACAGGGUGGAGAGCUUCUAUUUGCAGAUGGUUACUUCGUUCACUUCUUUGCUCCCAAAGAUGUAAAACCAGAACCGAAAAAUAUAAUAUUUGUCUUGGAUACUAGCGGAAGUAUGUGGGGUACUCCAAUAAAUCAACUGAAAGAAGCUAUGAACGGUAUUUUGAAUGAACUACAUGCUGAAGAUUCCUUCAAUAUAAUCCAAUUCAGUAGUGGGGUCACCGUAUGGGAUGUAAGCAAUUCGAAGAGCCAAUAUCUGAAUUUUCCUGAGGAGAUUCUGUAUAAGGCUGAAACUUUACCUGGAACUUUCGAGGCGUCCGAGGAAAACAUUAGGAAAGCUAAACAAAGUGUUAAUUCAUUUUCUGCCUCAGGACUAACUAAUAUAGAUGCAGCUUUAAGAAUAGCUCUGAAAUUACACUCAAAUAACAAGGAAAAAGACGAAAGACAACCUAUCAUAAUGUUUUUGACAGACGGCCAAGGAACAGGUGUUCGAUCUGAUGUCACCCUAUCUAGAGUUAGCGAAGAGAACACUGACGGUAUACCAAUAAUUUGUGUUGCAUUUGGGGAAAGAGCUGAUAUGGAUUUCUUAGAAAAACUGUCUCUCAGAAAUCAUGGUUUCACCAGGCAUAUUUAUACAGGAGCAGAUGCAGCCAUCCAACUCAAAUCAUUUUACGAAAUCAUUUCUACUCUUCUACUCAACAAGAUAACUUUCAAAUAUGCCUCAGGAAACGUUUCAGAAGUUACAAAAUCGAUUUUCCCAACCUUGUUCAAGGGAGCAGAGCUUGUGGUUGCUGGCAAAUAUAGGACACCAGCGAUAGAUCCAGGAUUUUAUCCAGGAAAAUCUGUGUUAGAUUUGUCACCCAUGGUGAAUUGCUUUUCCAAAUCAGUACCAAGAGAAUUCAAACCUUUGCCAGCAAGAUCUUUGGGAAGCUUGGAAAAACACUGGGCUUAUUUGACUCUGAAACAGAUUUUGAAAGAAAGAGAUGUUAGUGAUAAAAAAGAAGAAUUGACCAAAAGAGCUCUUGAUUUGGCACUCAAGUAUUCAUUCGUAACCCCCGUUAGUUCUUUGGUUGUAGUGAAGCCGAAUGGGACAAAAUCUGAAGCAGAUUUGAAAGAUGCCUACAAAACACCACAUUGGGGAACAUCUUCAUAUUCAACAUCUGGAGUCAAAUUUUCUCCGAGUUCAUACGGGACAAACUUUUUGUACACUAGGUAUUAUGAUUCACCUUCACGCAGAAGAAUAUCUCCGUCCAACUAUGUUCCACAAUUAUCUUCAACAUUGUACCUGAGAAACUAUGAUCUGCACAUGACAACCCCAGCAUACAGAAAUUCCAUUAUUGAUGGACUGCCAAUCCUAAGUAAUUCCAAUACUGAUUUCCUAAAAAAAGUUGAAAAAAUGAAGAAGGAACUAACCUGGUUCAACGAUGCGUACAAUGCUGAAAAUGCAACGAUUGAUUUGAAGACUCUAGGAAAAUUCUCAAUUGGAAAUGAACACCAAAUCACGAAACCAUAUGCGGAAUGUCCAAAAACACCGCUGAAUGGAAAAGGACAUUGUGUUCUUCUGGGUGACUGUCCACAAGUUUAUCCCCUACUCGAUUCCUUGACAUCCUAUAUUCAAUUCUUCUGUCCACUUGAAAAAUUCGCAGGGGUAUGUUGUCCUACAACAAAUACGACGAAGAAAACCUAGUAACUAUUAUACUUUUUACCAAUCUGAAAUACAUAGUUUUUUCUA